GCCGAUUCGGCAACACGUUCAGGUUCACGCAGGAAGCAUCCGAAACCCAGUACUCGUGGUGAUGCGGCCCAGUCGAAGGAGCCGCCUGACAUCCCGUCAUGCGCUGGCGAUGAUCCGGUCCAAAAUAGCGAUGCUUCGAGGCCCCUGAAUGAUACACUCGCGCAAGGCAUGGAGAGCAACCGCGCGCAGGCGGCUGCCCCGCGGCCCGCGCGCCGGCGGAGCGAGGGUUACCAGCUGCCCGCGACGGAGCCGCAGCUCGAGCGCGCGGUGAAAAUUAUGGCCAAGGUGCACACGAAGCUGCUCGAGAAGUACUCGCGCUCGAUCGAGAUGCGCAAGCGCGCUGACGACCAGCGCAAGCAGGCGGUCAUGCUCCAGGAGUCGAUCCGCCAAGAGGCCGCGAUGCGCAGGCGCAUGGAAGACUACAUCGCGUACUGGCAGCCCAAGGUCGGCUACUGGACGGAUAAGGAGUUGUGGGAUCGCCCGGUGAAGAUGAAGAAGGCUACGGAUGGGAAUUGGUACGAGUUAGAUCAAGACGGGAUUGAGGAACUUGAAGAGGGGCGUAGGAUGAAUGGGGGAAUAGACUGGAUCGACUAUCAGAUGAAUCAGAUCAGAAACCACACUUUUGCGAUGGACGCGCCCGAGACUUACAUACCAGCUGCAAACACGACAAACCAGCCGUCACAACAAUCAAAGCACGCUGGUGAUGAGACCAUGCAGAAGAAGGACGAGCACUCAGCUCGGCCCAGGGAUGUCCCUAACGACGACAACGGGAUGGCAGAGAAUAAACAACAAACGCAACAGGAGCAGCUUAGGUCAUCGAAGACGAGCGGACAGCCGCAGAACGACGAGGCUGUACGAGUCUUUUUUGGAGAAGCUGCAACAUCGCGGCCUCAAAAGAGUGGGUCGUUGAAGUAUCCAAACCGGCCGAUGCGCCCAUUGCCAAAGAGCGAACGGCCUCUAACAGUCCCUGAACCAAGUCAGCCGUCGAUGAGCCGUGCUUGGCCGUCACUAGUUAGCACUCCGGUUGAGGUGGAGAAGCGCGAGUCCAAGAAGGCCACUCUGGCAACUCCACAUAAGGAGAAACCAAUCAGUGUCUCUGACACGGAUCGCGUGAAGGCUACGGGUGUUCAGCGGACGAGUUCUAAGCGAGUCCCUCAGGAAGAGCGAAGUUCAAGUGCACGAAAGAGCGGCGAAGCUGGUCCAUCUCGUCCCGAUCGCAGCUGGCCCCUCUAUAAACAGAGGCCAACGAGGUCGGUUUUCGCUUCAGGUGUUUAUCGGUCAUAUGUAGUUGUGUACUAACAUCCCUUCUUCACGAGCAGCUGGCUUGACGACGCGCCCGUCCGCAAAAUGGUCGCUCUAACGAUGUCAGCUCUUGAUAGUCGCAGGACCUCGGAGAAGAGCAAACGCAAACGUCGCCAAUCGGUUCGCUUUGACAAGCAGGCUGACAGCAAUGAAGUGUCCGACCGCCGACUGGCAAAGGGCAGACCAGAGUCUUUAUCUCGGUAUACCUAUCAUUU